GGCGCGCCGCUGCGGCACGGCGGGCCGGGACGGAUUCCGGCCGGAGGGCGACGGACUGCGCGGGCCAGCGGCUGAGGAUGAGCGCUCACCAGGGCAGUAGCGGAGACAGGUCACUGGGGCCAGAGGCCUCCUGCCUCGUGGAAGACACGGUAACGACCGCUCAGGAAAAACAAGCAGCCAGCCUGGCUUCGGCCAGCCUUCAUCACCUUGCCUAUCCCCUGGGCUCCCGGAAUGACGACCUCGCCCUUGACUUCACCCCGCAGCCCAUCGGCCUCCCGUUUGCCCACAUGAUGCCUGAGGACAUCAAAGGCUCCUGCUUCCCGAGUGGGAGCAAGUGGAGCCACGAGUCCUUCGCUGCCGUGGAAAGGCUUGGAACUAGUAACUCUCAUGCCCAGGCGCCAGAGAAGGUGACCCUGCUGGUGGAUGGCACCCGUUUCGUGGUGAACCCACAGAUUUUCACUGCUCACCCGGACACCAUGCUGGGAAGGAUGUUUGGACCGGGAAGAGAGUACAACUUCACGAGGCCCAACGAGAAGGGAGAGUAUGAGAUUGCAGAAGGGAUCAGCGCCACUGUGUUCCGCACGGUGCUGGAUUAUUACAAAACUGGCAUCAUCAACUGUCCGGAUGGCAUCUCUAUCCCAGACCUCAGAGACACGUGCGACUAUCUGUGCAUCAACUUUGACUUCAACACCAUCCGAUGUCAGGAUCUGAGUGCUUUGCUGCACGAGCUGUCCAACGACGGGGCCCACAAGCAGUUCGACCACUACCUCGAAGAGCUGAUUGUGCCCAUCAUGGUGGGCUGUGCCAAGAAAGGGGAGCGAGAGUGCCACAUUGUCGUGCUCACCGACGAGGACUCGGUGGACUGGGAUGAAGACCACCCCCCACCCAUGGGAGAAGAGUAUUCGCAAAUUCUUUAUAGCUCUAAGCUCUACAGGUUCUUCAAGUAUAUUGAGAAUCGAGAUGUUGCUAAAACAGUAUUAAAGGAACGGGGCCUGAAAAACAUUCGCAUUGGGAUUGAAGGUUACCCUACCUGUAAAGAGAAAAUUAAGAGACGCCCUGGGGGCCGGUCUGAAGUCAUCUACAAUUACGUGCAGCGCCCCUUCAUCCAGAUGUCGUGGGAAAAGGAAGAAGGGAAGAGUCGCCACGUGGAUUUCCAGUGUGUUCGAAGCAAAUCCCUCACUAACUUGGCAGCUGCUGGAGAGGGCGUCCUAGAGGACCAGGAGCGCCUAAUGCACCACCCACCCCAGGUGGACGAACUUGACCGGCUAAAUGCCCCACUUGCUCAGAUGGCUUCUAACGACUCUCAAGAUUAGGGUCCGCAGGGUCACCGUGCCGCCUGGAGCUCUUGGCUGGGAUACCCGGCCGGGACUCCCCAUCCUCCCCGAGGUCCUCCCGCCCUGAGUCCUUCCCCAAUGGCCAACACGUAUCCUGCCCAGUAAGUCUGUGCCUCCAGCAGGGGUGAAGCAGCUUGCUGGAAACUGGGCUCCCCGCGUCGCCGCAGUCCUGGUAACUUGGAUAUUUGGGGUCUGGUGCUGCUCACUGAGCGUCUGGAACUCAAGCAGGAAAGGGUGUCCAGUCUCCCAUGGCCUCGCACUGAGCAAAGCUGUCCUUGUCCUUUACACUCUAUGUUUUGUUUUGUUUAAUAUCAGGCAAAUUGCUUAGUAGCAAAGGGACCAAACCUGAAGGGAGACCCUGGCUGUGUUCUCGGGCAGGCAGAGCGGCGGGCUCGGGGGGGCAGGCCGCGCUUGGCGCCUCUGCUCCUGGCGGGCAGCUGAGAAGCAGGCACUCGCUGGAAUGUCCUUCCCGGGUUCAGGGCGCCCCAGGAAAGGCUAAGAGCUUAAGUUCAGCUUUGUGUCUCCUCAACGCGUGCACAAUCCACCACCAUGCACGACAGGCUCUUUGGCAGGGAGAAGGACAUGACAUGGCUGGCGGAACUGUUUCGGCUGGGAAAUGUACGGCCCCACCUAGAGCAAGUGGUGGCUCAUCCAGAAGGAACUUGGGCUCUCGGGGACGAGCCGCUCCUGCUUCAGGCCUGGUGGUCAUCUUUUAUUGUAGCUUUUUUUUUUCUUCACAGUUGAGGACGGAGCCCGGGGCCUCGCACUCGCCGGGCUAGUGCUCCUCCACCGAGCUCAGUCCCCAGCCGCAGGCCAUUUGGGUUCUCCGGGCGGGGACUUGGCCUGAAGCUGGGUCUUCACCAGGGGCAGCGCCCUGCUGCAGGCCUCCCGGGAGACCUGAGAGAGGACGCCAUCCCCAGCUCCCCAAGGUGCUGGCAUCCUAGGGAGCUUGGUGCUCCAGGCACGGGGUGACGUUGGGUGGGAAGUGCCGCCCGCCCGCUUCCUGGGGCAGCAGUAGGUCGUAUACAGGGUUAGGAGAAUGAUCCUGAUGUCAUCUCCAUAGAGGGCCAGGUGAGGGCACGGCAGGCCCGUCUGUCAGCUGCUACAGUGCGUGGCGCCUGACGAGCCAGGGCACUCGUGGCCCACGGUCCUCUGGCCUUUUCUCAUUAACAGCAGGUUAACCUGAGCAUCCAGAGCUCCACCCAAGUGUUUUGGGCUUGGUCAUUUCCCUUUAUGGUGGAAACCGACCUCCAGUCAUCAUCCCUGUGUUUACUCAUCAGACCGAGCAUAGUUUCAAACUCCUUAAGGAAAGACAAGGACUAACUGUGGUGUGUGGGUGUGGCUUUUAUUAUUAUUAUUUCCUCCCCUGGUGCUAAGGAUGGAACCCAAAGCCUUGUGCAUGCUAGGCGAGCGCCCUACCACUGCAUAAACUCCAUUCCCCUAAGACACUGACUUGCUGACUGCCGUAGUCAGUUCCUGUCAGUAAAGGCAGGUGUUCUUCCCAGGCUUGAAGAACAAGAGCGUUGUUGAUGGUGGUGGCCGCGCCCCACCCUCAUCCCCAGCGCUGAGAAUGGAAGCUGGGCUCCUGCCUGCCCAGCCACACCUCGUUGAGCAGCCUGGAGCAAGCCCUCGCCCGAGCCAGUGUCCGCACUCCCAGUCCCAAGUGGGCGGGAUUAAGCCUUCCCUUGCCUUAUUUUCCUGAUAAUCUGUUUGCAUCAAUUUGCAAGGCUGUGGCCCGGGUUAAAGUUAGGGUCAGGACUGUGAAAUGGCUCGUAAUUGGGGUCCAGUUUGUCCUCAACCUUUCCAGCCCCACAUUCAUACCUACUAGCAGUUGAGCAGCCAGAUUGUUGCUUAUUGUGCUUCCCCUGCUCAUCCGGACUAAACGCCACUACCAAGGAAAGCUCAAUUCCCUGCUGUUCAUGUACCACUGAUAGCGGCUCGUGUGCGUCCUCAGAUCACGUGGAAACAAACUAACAGUAGAGUUUCAAGUGUAGCUUAGGUACAAAGACGCAGAAGCAUGGCAUGUAGCUGACGCUGUUCUGUGUAACUGUCAUUGAAUCAUUGCUUUUAAGAAUAAGAUCUUUUCCCCAAAAAUUAAUUAUGCUUCUGGCCUCAACCCAUGGGGUUUGGGUAAGUGGCAGUCUGUGCAGAUCAAUCGGUGUUACUGGGUGGUGGUGACUAAAGGAAGAUCGGGGCUACAUACACGUUCUUGCUGGAGAGGCUUCUGCACUGUCACUUGCUGGUUCUCAGCUGAGUGACAUCUCCCCAUGGCAGGGCUGGGGUGCCCCUCCCCUCCAGUCAGCUACUGGCCACAGUCAAGAGGAUUUCGUCUUAAUAAAAAGGUGGAACACUGGUUUGGUGCCUGAUACAUAGUGAGCCAGGCUGUUUAUACGGAAGCAUUUUUGUAAGAAUGUUACUUUACCGAGCAUCUCAUCCGGCCAAGAUGAACCUGAGCAUUUGCAGCUUGGCUGAUGAGCAGACAUUUGCUAUUGAGUUGGCGAGAGAAGGGGGCACACAUUAGUUUGCAUUAGAUCACUUGUGUUUUUUGGGACAGAAGGUAUGGAAGAGAUGAGCGCGGGGCGCAGCAGCCAGCAUUCCGCAAUCCAGCCACCGUGCCAGGUCUGGGGAGAUGGUGACAGGCAGGCGGGGAUGAGCUGACAGGGGGUGGCCCACAGCCUGUUGCGAAAACACAUCAGAGCACAGACUCAGACUGCCAUGGUUUCCAGCAGCGCGUCCAGUGCCACCUCUUGCCGUCAUUGUGAACUCCACCGUGGCCUUCGCCAGGGAGCUCGGAAGCCCGCCGCCCUCGCGGGCCGGGGAGCCAUGUUGCAUUCUGGUUGGGAGGCUCACUUUCUCCUAAAGGCAAAAUGCUUGUGGGUUUCACCUUUUCAUUUUGUAUUUACUUUUAAGAUUGCACUUGUUCACCUACCAGUGUUUACAAAAAUCUCAUAUUUGGGAUGCUUUUUCUAUCUAAUAAAAUAUUAUCAUUUGU